GAAAAACAAAAUAACCAAGUUAAUUAAAAGACAAAAUCAAUGACGACGAAGUUUGUGGCAACUGUAGCAGCAGCAUCAUCGAUACAAACGAAUAUGACAGAGCUCAGUAUUAAAUUAAUUAUCAUACCGAUUCUUAUAUCUGCCUUAACUUACUUCAAUUAUCAUCUAAUAGACCCCGAAAAUCAACCACAAGUCACGAAAGUUCUAUUAAAGGAAUACGAUUUUGUAGUGGUCGGUAGUGGUUCAGCUGGUAGCGUUGUUGUUAAUAGAUUAACAGAGAAUUCAGAAUGGAGUGUUCUUCUUUUAGAAGCAGGUAGUUACGAAACUGUCAUCUCAGACGUACCGGCUUUGUCAGUCAACUUGUACAAUACCAAAAUGGAUUGGAAAUAUAGGACUGAAAACCAAGAUAGUGCUUGUCAAGCAAUGAAAGAUAAACGUUGUUGUUGGCCCCGUGGAAAGGUAUUAGGAGGUUCAAGCGUCCUUAAUGCCAUGCUAUAUAUUCGUGGAAAUCGUCGUGACUUCGAUCAAUGGGAAAGCUUUGGUAACCCUGGUUGGGGAUACGACGAUGUACUCCCAUACUUUAAAAAGUCACAGGACCAAAGAAAUCCAUAUUUGGCGAGGAACACCAAAUACCAUAGCACAGGUGGUUAUUUAACUAUUCAAGAGUGUCCCUAUAAUACGCCUCUAGGUCCUGCCUAUCUUCAAGCUGCAGAAGAAAUGGGUUAUAACAUCGUGGAUAUAAAUGGCCAACAACAAACGGGCUUUGCAUUGCCUCAAUAUACAAUGCGCAGAGGCGCUAGAUGUAGUGCAGCCAAGGCAUUCGUACGUCCCAUCAAAUUUCGAAAGAAUUUUCACCUAUCAUUAUGGAGCCAUGUUACGCGUGUUCUCAUAGAUCCAAGUACCAAAAGAGCAUACGGUGUAGAAUUUAUUAGGAAUGGUCGUAUUGAGACCGUAUUAGCGAAGAAAGAAGUUAUACUUUCGGCAGGUGCUAUAAACACCCCUCAAUUAUUGAUGCUGUCUGGAAUUGGAGCUAAGAAUCACCUCGAAGAUCUUGGUAUUCCAGUGAUUCAGGAUUCACCUGGUGUUGGACAGAACCUUCAAGAUCAUAUAGCCCUUGGUGGUCUUACCUUCCUUGUCGACCACGAAAUCAGCUUUGUUUAUAAUCGCAUAUUAAAUAUAAAUUCAAUAUUGAAAUAUGCAAUUACCGAAAACGGUCCACUAACUUCGAGUAUUGGUUUCGAAUCAGUAGGCUUUUUAUCCACCAAAUAUGCCAAUCAGACGGACGAUUGGCCCGAUGUAGAGUUAAUAAUUACCUCUUCCUCAGUUAAUAACGGAGGAAAACUAUUUAAAGAUGCUCUUUGUCUAACGGAUAAUUUUUACAAUAAAAUGUAUAGAGAGAUCACUGGCCAAGAUGGUUUCAAUAUUUUACCAAUGAUACUCAGACCUAAAUCUCGUGGAUAUGUGAAAUUAAGGUCGAAAAAUCCGCUUGAUAAUCCAUUAAUGUAUCAUAAUUAUUUAACGAAUACUGAUGACGUAAAAGUUUUACGAGAAGGAAUCAAAGCAGCAAUUGCAUUUACUAAAACGAGUAGUCUGAAAAGAUUCGGAGCAAGAUUUCACAGCAAGCCAUUGCCAAAUUGUAAACAUCUUCGGAUUUUCACGGAUGAGUAUUGGGAAUGUGCAAUUCGCCAAUUCACAAUGACAAUUUAUCACAUGAGCUGUACUGCGAAAAUGGGUCCACGAUCCGAUCCAAUGGCGGUCGUAGAUCCCUCUUUAAAAGUAUAUGGAGUAGAAGGACUUCGAGUGAUCGAUGCUUCGAUCAUGCCUACGAUCACUAGUGGAAAUAUCAAUGCACCUGUGAUAAUGAUUGGUGAAAAAGGUUCAGAUCUCAUAAAAAAGGACUGGAUGUCCAAAUGAAAGAGAAUCAUCGACGUUUCAGACGAACUAAUCGACAAUAUGAUUAAAAUCUUUAUGCAGAAAGACAUUAUCUUUAUGUGCCCGGUUUUACUGAGACCAAAGAGCAGGGAUGAACUUAAGUUACGUAGCACCGAUCCUGCCGAUCAAGUUAAGAUAUUCGCGAAUUAUUUUGCUGAUAAAUCUGACAGAAAAAUACUUUUGAAGUCUCUCGAUUUUGUUAAGUUGUUGGUGGCAACUAAGACUUUCCAAAACAAUGGAAUAACUUCACGUCAUUACGACAUACCGAAUUGUCGUAACACUGAGUCCGAUUCCACGGAAUAUUGGGAUUGUAACUUAAGUAACACAGCAGGAACAUUCUACCAUCCGGUUGGAUCAGCUAAAAUGGGCCAUUCUAGUGAUCCUACAGCAGUCGUCGAUCUUCGUCUCAAAGUACACGGCAUUUAAAGACUAAGAGUCAUCGAUGCUUCCAUAAUGCCGCAAAUUAUCAGUGCAAAUACAAACGCACCAACGUUGAUGAUAGCCGAGAAAGGAGCGGAUAUGAUAAAAGAGGAUUAGCUAGGAAAGGAUGAGCUAUAAAAAAAAAUAAUUGAAAGUCGUAAAGUAAACUUUAAGUUCUUAUAUACCACGAUGCUUCUUUAAUAGGUAGCUUCUUUUGUUCUUACAACGUAGAAAAAGAAACGUAUCACUUUUAUAGAGAUAAUUAAAAAUAUUCAAAUUGCUUUCUGGUAUCUGG